AUGAGUCGAUAUCUCGAAAAUCCUUACUUUCAUGAUGAGGCGUCAGGGGCUUCAACAGUUGAUGAUGCCUGGAUUCGUUCGCAAAUAAAAUUGAUUGGACGAAUACUUUCACGAGAACAGUUAACACCGAAAUAUUUAAGAUAUAGUCAUGCCUACUCUGGAACUGCAGGGGUGGCUUACGCUCUCUUCAAAGCUAAGGAUUAUCUUGAUGAGGAAUGUUUGAAUCAGGCUGUUAAACAUAUAAGAGGCACCAUUUUUGACGAUGAAAGUCACGAGACACAACGUCGACACUUCUACCUCACUGGGUAUAUCGGCUCUCUCACUAUAUAUGGACAUGACACUACUGCAGAUAUGGAUAAGAUAUCCAAAGAUUUAACUGUUUUAUCCGAGGUUUUUGCUGAUCCUAACUUUGAACAAGACGAAAUAUUCAACGGAAGAGCAGGAUAUUUACAAGCCGUCAACACACUAAGGCAUGCUACCAAUAAACCAGUAGUGUCGGAAGACAUUGUUUUAUCUAUAAUUGAUCAAAUCGUAAUAUCCGGAAAGAGAUAUGGCAGAACAGAAUCACCAUUAAUGUAUUCAUAUCAUGGAACUGAGUAUUUGGGAGCUGCUCAUGGCUUGGCGGGAAUAUUAUGCACGUUAUAUUGUUUUUUCGAUUUGUUAACUCUAGAGCAAAUCACGCUGGUCCGACAAGCUAGUGAAUGGUUGUUGAAAACACAAUUUCCAAAUGGGAACUUCCCAAGCUCCUUAAGAACAUUCAUAAAACCAAAAGCGUCUCCUCAAAUUCAUUGGUGCCAUGGAGCUCCAGGAGUUGUAUAUGUUGCUUUGUUCAUGUACAAGUAUUUCAAAGUUGAGAACUAUCUUGAGAUUGCUAUAUCAUCAGGGGAGCUUAUAUGGAAAGAAGGUGUUCUUAAGAAAGGUCCUGGGCUUUGUCAUGGUAUCUCAGGGAACGCAUAUCCUUUCAUAUAUUUAUGGAGAGCUACUAAUGACAGAAAGUGGCUUCAGCGAGCUAAAUGCUUUGCCAAACUCAUGAUGGAUUCGAACAUUGUUCGUCAACAGGAUUUGAUUGAAGCAGAGCGAUACAGUCUUUUUGAAGGAUGGGGUGGAGCAAUAUGCUUAUUAGUAGACUUGCUCAAUCCCAAAAGUGCUCAAUUUCCUUUAAUAACAAUGGUUGAUAUAUGA